AUGGUUUCUGCAAUCAAUGAAUUUAUUUUAGCAAAAUUUCCAGGAGAUGAGGUCACAUAUUUUAGCUCAGAUUCAAUUGAAGUGGAUCCUGGAAAGGAGGGUGUGGUGGAUGCUGAUUAUACUACUGAGUUUCUGAAUACAUUGAAGGUUGGUAACUUUCCUGAUUAUGAACUGAAACUUAAAGUGGGAUGUCCAGUAAUUUUGAUGUGGAAUAUGGAUCAAACAGUUGGGCUCUGCAAUGGUACCAGAAUGAUUGUUAAGACUUUGGGAAAAUGGUUCAUUGAGGUGGAGGUCUUGACCGGUACCAAUGUAGGUGAUCGUGUGUUUCUCCCUAGAAGACAAUAUCCUAUCGCUCUAUGUUUUGGCAUGACUAUUAAUAAAAGUCAGGGACAAAAACUCGAUCAUGUUGGCUUAUGUCUCCAGAGGCAGGUUUUCAGUCAUGGCCAACUCUAUGUUGCAUUGUCCAGAGUUACAACAAGGCAAGGUCUCAAAAUCUUGAUUGAGAAUGAUAAUGAUGAAGACCCGAACUCGAUGCUAAACAUAGUAUUCCAAGAAAUUUUUGAUUCAACUUACAAGUUGCAGUGUGGUUUGCGUGAUCAGACAUGGGAUUAA